AUGCGCGCCGUCGACAGUUGCAUCUACGGGUGUUACGUCCAUUCGGCCAUCUUGCCUACCUUUCACCGGAGGUGUUACUGGCUGCUACAGAAUCCUGAUAUAGUCUUGGUGCAUUACCUAAAUGUGCCGUACCCGGAUGACAACAAGCUAGCUACAGUGGCACCUAGCUUGGCACUGUGGGCAGAUAAAAAGGAAUGGACGAAGGAUGAAUUGGUUAGCCAACUUAAACCGAUGUUUUUCAGUGAAGAUGAACCGGAUCUUAACAGCGAAUUGGAAAUAUCAGGAAAAAUGUUUCAGACUGCGGAAACGGUUGAAGCCAUAGUAGGCCAGUUGAUGGAGAAGCAGCGAGCUGCCAGGGCUGCGGCAUUAGCAAGACAACUUGAGUGCGGUUGCCCAGAUUCCACAUGCCAAGAUUCUAGAACGUGCGCACAUCCUCUACGACGCAUCCAAGCAGCAAAGCCACCACCCUCAGAUCACCACGUAUCUUCUACUACUGGUCCAUCUCCAAGACCCAUAUCAAAUCCACCUCGUCAAUAUACUAGAGAUCACAGAACUUCAACACAGUCAGCUUCACCGCUACUUUUAUCUCUUGGGCAAAUUCAAGGAGGCGGAGGCUUGUUAAUUUUAAAUGGCGCUGGUAAUAGUGCUCAACAGCAUUCGUCACUUGUUUCUCCUUUAUCAGUAACGUCGUUCGUUUGCGAAGAGCCGAGAGAUAGAUAUCGGCAUCAAUAUAAACCAACAUUCGUAUUAAAAAGGGAAAUACCAGAUAGCCAGCCAUCUUCUUGUCUUCAGAAUUCUGAUUCCAAAUUUGAGGUGGAAAACCAAGUCGAAGAAAAAGUAGACGUAGAAAAUUUUGAUAGGAAAAUAAAAAUGGAGCCACGAAGUAGGAAUCAAGUAAUCGCUAGUGCUCCAGCUACACCAUCACGUUAUCCAGAUUUAGUAGAACGCUUAGAAAGUAAGAUUUUAACAGAGAACUGUGAUGAUACGUUAGUUUUAUUAGGUACGGAUGGAAGUUUAGGUCAUUCUAGUGGAUUUUUUGAUGAAACCUUAGAGCUAUCACAUGAAGAUAUACAGAAAACAUUAUCUGCAAACAUGCCAACAUGUGAAGUAAAUAGAAGUGGAACAAGGUCUUCAGAUACUGCUAACGUGAUGGUAUCUGGCAUAGAUACUAUGGAUUUCAUAGAAAGCUGUGAAGCAGUAGCAUCUCCAACACAAGUAGUAGACGAUAAUGUUUUUGUAAAUUUGGACGCUUUUGACAUGCUAGGAGAUUUUCCCGAAUUAGAAGUUCUUGAUCCAAGUUCUAUAUCAACUAAUCCCAUGAUUUCGUGUAUUAAGUCACCACCUGCUGAUGAUAGUAAUGAAAAAAUGCAAACAGAUUGUGCCAAUGAAGGGGCACUAAGCAUAACUGAUUAUUCACCAGAAUGGGCUUAUCCUGAGGGAGGAGUGAAGGUUUUAGUUGCUGGUCCAUGGACAGAUACCUCAGAUCAAUACACAGUUCUAUUUGAUAAUUUUCCUGUUCCAUCAAUACUUGUUCAAAAUGGUUUAUUACGAUGUUAUUGUCCGGCUCAUGAAGCAGGACUUGCAGCAUUACAAGUCGCUCGGGGCGGUCGAGUAGUAUCAGAUACUGUGGUAUUUGAAUAUAAGGCAGGCCCUACUCCCACGCCGACGUCACCUGCGUCAGCACCAUUACCUUCGCUCGAUUUUAGGCGGUUUUCACUCUUGCAACGAUUACAACGAUUACAUGGCCGAUUACAAGUGAAGUCUGAGCCUACAGAUGAUAACAACCAGGUGGAAGAUGUUCAACUGUACUCAAAUCCAAAAUUUGAAGAGCGUCUUGUAACAUUUUGCAAGAUACUUAGUUCCCGUUCUUAUGGCAAUGCAGAAGGUUUCACCACUGAACCUGGGGAAGAUAAUUCGACAAUUCUUCAUUUAGCAGCUGUUUUGGGAUUUACAAAACUAACUACAGUUCUACUUCGUUGGCGCCAGGAUGACAACAGCUUAGCUUUGGAAAAAGAAGUAAAUUUAGGAGCAAGAGACAGCGAUAAUUGUACCCCUUUGAUGGUUGCAAGUGCUGCGGGGCAUAUUGAGACUGCUGUAGUUCUAGCCCGCUGGAGCGCGGGCACUCGACAGGAGGCUGGUGGACGCGCCGCCGCCGCGGCUGCGCGGCGGGCAGGCCAUUUGCGCCUCGCAGCUCUAUUGGAUCGCAUCCAUCCGCCCAGUGGUGACGCUGUGUUCCGUAGACCACACUGCUUGUCACAAAAAGGCCGAGCUGGUAUAGAGAGCAAUUUAGUGAAGAGACCUUCUAUCGACAGCGGUAUUAAUAUGGCAGACGCGUUUAGAUCCAGUUCUGCUAUAGACAAAUCAGAUGGCAAUUCUUCGGCCAGAUGGGAGAGGAGCAUGUCGUUACCCUUGGAUUCAGACACGUCUGAAGAUAGUCUUGGUGAUACAAAAAUUGGCCGGCGUAUGGAUUUAGCACUUUGCGAGACGGCGCCGCGGCGUGCGGCGAGCCCGCUCAUAGACGUGGAGGCGCUGUCCACAGCCUCCUCGCCCGCCGCCUCCCCAUCACCGCCCUCCACUGCAGGGGAGCAGGAUGACCGAGUGUUUACUCUGGCAGAGCAGAUUAUAGCCGCGAUGCCAGAAAGAAUAAAGAACGAAAGUUCAUCACUGCUGUCGGGAUGUGGGCUGGAAAAUGGAACAGGCGGCGGGGAAGAUGUCUUGAUGGUGCCGCUACUGGACGACACUACAAGUUUUCACACAGAGUUCAGUUUUGAAUUCAGCGAUAAUACUUACAGAUAUUGCGGAGGGUCAACACCGUGCUCGUCAGGAUCGGUGUCACCAGGUUCAGCUUUGUCACCGCCUCCGCCUUCCCCUCGUGCACCGUUACCCGGUACACCUUCAGCUACACUGCAGGAAUUUCUGAACGCCACUUCACAUUUUUCAAGUUUGACUUUAAAUGACCGAGAGCAACGUGAAUUGUACUCGGCUGCAAUAACGAUUCAGAAGGCGUAUCGUCAAUAUCGUGGGCGACAGCUGCAAAGACGUGCUGCGGCCGCUGCAAUAACUAUACAAAAUUGCUACCGUAGAUAUAAGCAGUUUGCCUAUUUAAAGCAAAUGCAUGCCGCAGCGACUGUAAUACAACGUGGAUAUCGCUCAUUGCGAGAGCGACGACUUGCAGCAACACCUGUCAAGUUGCAGAACGCACGAGCAGAAAACGGGAAGGUGGCCCAGCUGUACCAGGAUGCCCACCCAAGCUCAUCGCAGCACACCACCAAUACGCCGCCCACGCCCAAUAGGAUCAUAGAUUAUUUAGCACCCGAGUCACCUAUGGACGCUGAUGACGAUCUGUUACUUGAACUUUUGUUUAAAACUUGA